CAUUAGCCUUUUAAAGAUUCCACUUGAUUAACUACCUUUUUUUUCAUUUCCAUUUUUUUUUUCAUUUUUGUUAUAUAAGCCAAAGUAGGUACCCAAAAGCAUCAAUAUUUUGUAUUGCCUAGUGAUUCCUCUUUAGUCCAGUAUUUCACAGUCCCACCUCCUUACACUAUAUCAUUUCCCUCCAUAAUUAGCCAUUAUCAAUCUUUACAUUUUCUCAAAUGGAAACUCUUCUCAAGCCUUUUCCAUCUCCUUUACUUUCCACUUCUACACCCCACAGGUCUAAUUUCCAACAAAAUCUCCCUUUUCUGAAUCCCAUCACCCAAAAAAAUUCAAGAAAAUACCAUCACAGAAACAAAAGUAGUAAACUUUUUUGUAGCUUUCUUGAUUUAGCACCCACAUCAAAGCCAGAGUCUUUAGAUGUUAACAUCUCAUGGGUUGAUCCUAAUUUGGGUCGGGCUCAAUUCGACGUGAUCAUCAUUGGAGCUGGCCCUGCCGGUCUCCGGCUAGCUGAGCAAGUUUCUAAAUAUGGUAUUAAGGUAUGUUGUGUUGACCCUUCACCACUUUCCAUGUGGCCAAAUAAUUAUGGUGUUUGGGUUGAUGAGUUUGAGAAUUUAGAAUUGGAAGAUUGUUUAGAUCAUAGAUGGCCUAUGACUUGUGUUCAUAUAAAUGAUCACAAGACUAAGUAUUUGGGAAGACCAUAUGGUAGAGUCAGUAGAAAGAAGCUGAAAUUGAAAUUGUUGAAUAGUUGUGUUGAAAACAGAGUGAAGUUUUAUAAAGCCAAAGUUUGGAAAGUGGAACAUGAAGAAUUUGAGUCUUCAAUUGUUUGUGAUGAUGGUAGGAAGAUAAGGGGUAGUUUGGUUGUAGAUGCAAGUGGCUUUGCUAGUGAUUUUAUAGAGUAUGACAAGCCAAGAAACCAUGGUUAUCAAAUUGCUCAUGGGAUUUUAGCAGAAGUGGAUAAUCAUCCAUUUGAUUUGGAUAAAAUGGUGCUUAUGGAUUGGAGGGAUUCUCAUUUAGGUAAUGAGCCAUAUUUGAGGGUGAAUAAUGCUAAAGAACCAACAUUCUUAUAUGCAAUGCCAUUUGAUAAUAAUUUAGUUUUCUUGGAAGAGACUUCUUUGGUGAGUCGUCCUGUGUUAUCAUAUAUGGAAGUGAAACGAAGGAUGGUGGCAAGAUUAAGGCAUUUGGGGAUCAAAGUGAGAAGUGUUAUUGAGGAAGAGAAAUGUGUGAUCCCUAUGGGAGGACCACUUCCGCGGAUUCCUCAAAAUGUUAUGGCAAUUGGUGGGAAUUCGGGGAUAGUUCAUCCAUCGACAGGGUACAUGGUGGCUAGGAGCAUGGCUUUGGCACCAGUACUAGCUGAGGCCAUCGUCGAGGGGCUUGGUUCAACUAGAAUGAUAAGAGGGUCUCAACUUUACCAUAGAGUUUGGAAUGGUUUGUGGCCUUUGGAUAGAAGAUGUGUUAGAGAAUGUUAUUCAUUUGGGAUGGAGACUUUGUUGAAGCUUGAUUUGAAAGGGACUAGGAGAUUGUUUGAUGCUUUCUUUGAUCUUGAUCCUAAAUACUGGCAAGGGUUCCUUUCUUCAAGAUUGUCUAUCAAAGAACUUGCUAUACUCAGCUUGUGCCUUUUUGGACAUGGAUCAAAUUUGGCUAGGUUGGAUAUUGUUACAAAAUGUCCUGUUCCUUUAGUUAGAUUGAUUGGCAAUCUAGCAAUAGAGAGCCUUUGAAUGUGAAAGGUUGAAUCA